CAUUAAUUUGACCGUAACGUGAGUUUUGUGCGUGGACGAAGUUUGGGUCGCUCCAAACCAAAAAGAGAAGUUACACAAGACGAUCUGCCUAUGCGUGGAGGCGGAGAAAAACGGAAGAGGAAACGCGCGCGGACACGGCUGCUGCCACACCGGAGCUUUCAGCAUCAAAUACUUCACCCUAUUAUUUUGUUUUAUUUUUUAUUUCAAAACUGUCCACGAAUUGUAAAAAGAGGGCGAGAGAAUUUUACGCAUACGAUAUCCAGCCCUGUAGCGGGUCUUCCAGUCGGGGGCUGUCAACUUCAUCAAACUUGACUGGCUAAAAUUGUAACGCCAUGUUUCGCCUUCUCCCCCGCCGUUCGUGAGUGAUUGCAUCUGAUGUUUGGAUAACGGAGUCGGUUCUAACGGGCCGCAGGCAGAAGAAGAAAGUCUGUUAUAUUAGAUUUUUUUUCUUCUUCAGACAACUUAAGCCAGCGCCUAUUCCUGCGAUAUACUCCGCCGAAUGGACGCCCACGUAAAGGAGGGACAGCUGUACGUACAGCAUCAGAAGUUUGGAAAGAAAUGGAAGAAGAAUUGGUUCGUCCUUUAUCCUGCCAGUCAGAAUGGCAUCGCCCGGCUCGAGUUCUUUGAUUCAGCAUCGGGGUCUGGGGGUGGGUUCUCAGUAGGCUCAGGGUCAAAUGAGAAGACACGUAAACUGGACAAGAAGAUCAUCCGGCUGUCCGAAUGCAUCUCCAUCCUGCCCGCACUCACUGAGAACUGCCCCAAAGACAACAUGGCAGCCUUCUGUGUGGAGACCAAUGACAAGAUGCACGUGUUCUGUGCAGAGAGAGCCAUAGCCAAAGAGUGGAUGGACACCAUGUGUGACAUUGCCUUCCAGGGAGGAGGGGGCAUUGCUCCUCCUGAACCCAGCUCUGGAGCUCAGGACCUGGAGAUGUCUGAGAACCUCAUCUACUACUCCAGAGAGGAGGUGGAUGAGUUCUGGGUGAGUGUCCAGCACACAGAUGCCUCGGAUCGCUGUGGAUUUGCUGGGAGCUACUGGCUCAAAGCCGAGAGCGAUGCCCUGAUCCUAAAGGAGCCCAAGACGAAGAGGACGAUCCAAGUGUGGCCCUACAAGCUGCUGAGGAGAUACGGGCGAGACCGGGUGAUGUUCUCAUUUGAAGCAGGCCGUCGCUGUGACUCGGGUCCAGGAAACUUCACCUUUGACACCAAACAGGGAAACGAGAUUUUCUCUCUGGUGGACCAGGCCAUUAGGUCCCAGAAGGCUCUGGCCGAGGAAUGUCGUCUCAGCAGUAACCCAGAGGAGGGCCCUUCCUCUCUGCAGCUCAUGCGCAGCGUCCUGCCCCAGGGGCCCCAGGGGCCCCAGGGGCCCCAGGGCAGCAGAGACAGCAGCAGCACCAGCAGCAGAGAGGCUGAUGGGGACUCAGGGGGGAGCAAACCAGGCUCUGCUGAUGGGGUCCUGAGCCGCAGGGAGGGGGCAGAGGUAGGAGCUAAAGUACCCACAGCAAGUACUCUGAAGGGACGAGGCUUACCCGACACGCCUGCCAUGUUAGGCAUGUUGGGUGGAGCAGGCACUCCGCCACGCUCGCCCCGUGGUCGAGCAGCAGGAGGCAGCGAUGAGCAGACAGGGUUGUACUCUGAGCCUGCAGACUGUGUGCGCCCCUUACAGGCUGGUGACGCUCUGUACUCUGACCCCGUGGACAGCAUCAAGGCCCACGGCCACGCCCCUUCCACCACCACACCCCCUGCCCUCUACUCCCAUGUCUACGACCACAUCACCAUGGAGCUGAGCCACAGGACUAGCGCACUCAGUCUGAACGGAGCAGCCAAGAGCACCCCCGCAAGUAAGGGGCCAGUACUGCAGGAACACAUAUAUGAUGAACCUGAAGGCUGUGCCAAAGGAAGAACUUUAUCAAAGACUAUUUAUAAUGAGGUCUCUGCCCCCUCAGGACAGGAGGGGCACUACAGCACCCCGUCCCAGGACAAACAGUCUCCUCCCUCAUCGGGCUCUGGCCGGGCCCUGCCCAAAGGAAAUAAGUGGGCAAAACCUCUCACAGCUCCUAAACCUGCUCGUGGUGCUCGCAAAGAGCCCACCCCUCCCUCGGGAAAGUACUCUAAUGUGAACAAUAACAACAGUGUGAGGACAGGGGGUAGAUUGGACCUGUACAGCAGAGUGUCCAAACAGAAGCUCUCCUGCUACAGCCAGCAGCAGCAGCAGAAGCAGCAGAGAGCAGAGUGGAGACCAGACCUUAUCUACAACAACCUGGGAGACAUCUGAACCUUCUCCACACAGAGGCCCUAAUGAGAAGAAGACACUGUGGUCUUAGGACCUAACACUGAGCAUCAGAGCCUCAUGUGCAUUGGUGUGGAUGUCUGACAAGUGCUGCUCCUGGCGGCUCUCCUCUGCCACGUCCCCUCACAUGAAGAGAGGACCUUCUGAGGACAGGGGGCAGGUAUUAGACUCCAAAAAGGGGCAGUGUGUGGGGGGCAGAUGAUCCAUGUCACCACCCUUCCGUCUCAUGUUAAAACUUUGCACAGAGAGAUGCAGAUCUGGGUUAGGACCAGAUGGGUUCUUACAUGAGGAGUAUGUAUGACAUGGCCCCAGUUUAAACAUAAAAACUCAGUGCAACAUAUGUAGAAUGUGAAGAAAUAUGUUUGUAUGAGCUGUGUUGCAGACAGUAAUAAAAGUCAGAAUGUUCAAAGAUGAGAUGAAAAUUGAUUGAUCUAACAGUGGAUAAAUACAUGUUAAAACACAGUAUUUAUUUAUUUUUAGCCAAGAAAAUUGACCAAAGCAAAAAGCAUGUUUUUUUGUUAUUUUCAUUUCACUGUAAAACAGAAAAGCAUGCAUCCUUACUGGAAGUGGACUUGCAUCUCCACAAACCUGACUCUCAGUUGGUCUGGAGGAGGGCCUCCUUCUGCUUGUUUCCAUGGGAACAUUGUUACUUUGGCUGUAAUCUUCCACAGUAUGGCAUUAAACAUCACCCUGGAGAAUGUUCCGAAACAUGGCUUUAACUUUCUAUUUUCAUGGAGUCACACAGGUGAUCUGCC